GAAGGAUCCACGGAAGGUUGCGAUUGUGUUGAAGGGAGGAAAGUUUCUUCGUUUCUACAGCAUCUACUCAACACCACCGUGAUCAGUUUUCUGUUCGGUGCAGCAUUCUCCUCUGAUUCAAAGACUCUCUCAGUCUCCGUCUGCACCGUUGGUUUCCUAAAUCCGUUUGGGAUAAGGAUUUCCAAAUGUCGCCACCGCUGUUAUUUCGGAUCAUUGGUGUUCGCCUGGCAAUGGAUCACUGAAUACUAGCGGGGGGGAACAAAAACAUCGUUAGCCGACCCGGCCAUGGCCGAAUGUCAAUGACCGAGCAUGUCAAUGGGUUGCUGCUGACACCCGCAACGGUGAAGAAUGAAAUUUGCCGGAGAUCUUCGCUGCAGGGACUCACAGCGCGGCGACUCGCUGCUGCUUGUGGGUCAGAAGUGCCUCUGCCAGCUGCUGGACUGCGUUGUUCAGAUGCAGCUUAUUCAACGAUACCGACUGGCUUUCCCCGGCGAAGAUUUAUCGGACCCAUCGGCCGAGGCUGAAUCUGACACGGGGAGCACCCAAACUGAGGGACAACGUUCCCAAAACCAGGAGACAGCUAUACCGGAGGAAAGGCUGAGGAGAAAGACUGGAUCUCCUCCUCCAGGUCAGCUUGACUCUGGGUUACAAUCGCGGUGCAAUGACCAAGCAACCAGUUCCCCCGUGGAUGCUGAAGAUGACGAGGAAGACACUAAACGGCAUGUGUUAGUGGAGUAUUGGAUGGCAAUCAACACCGAUGAAGCCUGCUUGACCGAUUUCGAGGCCAAGUCAGAUAGGUUCCACCUGAAGCGCAAAGUGGUGGUCAAGUCAAACCUAACGAAAGUCGGCCCGGCGAAGAAGAUCAGCACGGUUUCUUUCAAGGACACAAAGGAGACACCAGUGUCCAGUGCGAGCAGAACGAAUGUCCGAUUACCACCUAUCGGGGGCAGCACUGGUACUGGCAGGAGCAGCACGGUGACUGGGAGUACACAAGCUGCUGGUAAUGCUAGGCUGACAAGACAUUCACUGGGUAGUGCCAGCCAGUCCAGACUGCAAGUAGGCACAAGCAAUGGCACUACAAGUGAUAAGACCACAGGUAUUAUGGAGGCCAGGAGCAAUGCUAUAAGGACUAGACACUCGCUAACGAGCCUCAGCCAGACUAGACUACGCCCAGCCGUUGCCAGCGAUGCCAGUACAGUGGAAGGCAGGAAUGGCGAUAGGGCAAACAUGCUGCGCAGUUCCAGCAGAUCAAGGAUUUCGAUCAGCUUGCCGAGGGACGGAGGAAGUAAAACACCGAAUGAAAAACGCCGUCAUGUGACAGCCAUGGCUGCAGAGGAUGCCCUGCCGCUGACCAGCAAUAUUGCCAGGACCUUCCUCAAGGAACUAAACCUGUCCGAUGCUGAGGCUGAUGAGCUGGAAAAUUCCGAGGUGUGCUGCUAUCGAUUUCUGCUUGGUCCCGUGUGUAACGGUGCUGAGAUCGAGGUAACGGUGACAUACAUCUCAUUGGCCUGUGUUGUGAAUGACUGGAUCGAGAUCAGCCUGCCAACCAGAGUUCACUCUCUGAAGAGAUUCCACCCGAGGCGUAGAAGACCUACAAGGGCUAAGCCCACUUCGCAGCAAUCCGAAACAACAUCAACAACUGGUACUGGUGAGGAGUUGAAGUUCCGACCAGCUGAACAGAGCGCGACAUUGAGCACCAACUCCGGCACAUCUAGCAAGAUGGAUGUGGAACUCAAGAGCCCCUCGCCAUCUCCCAGUAGUGAAGAGGGUGGCACGUCGGAUGGGAAACCGGCGGACAGAGUCAUAAAGAAGUUUCGCAGCGCGGUCGAGUAUGGAGUAAGCGCCAGCCUGAAAGCGAUCCUGCCCGGGGAAGUCACGUCAUUGCUAUCGCCGAGCCAUGGAGAGCAGGUCAGCAUCAGGACGUAUGGCUCAAACUCACAUCGUGCUGCCAUGGAAUAUGGUCCGGAAAUCGGCACGAGGCCAUUGCCGAGCGACAUCGUGCUGAAAGUACAGCACACGAGGACCGGUCGGCCAUGCGCUACAUUGCUGGAGAAGCCUCAGGGCUGUGGCAUUGCAUCGGCAGCCAUGCUCUCCGUGGCUGCACCCAACUUCACCGGUGCCCUAUCAGCCGCAGUCGCAGGUCACACGCCACAGCGGCAUCAUUGCGGUGAGUACAUCUUCAUGAUUGAUCAGAGCGGCUCCAUGGCCACCGUCUUCACCCAGACCCUACUGCAGCAAGCGCAGGGCCGGACUAGCGGCAGAUCUAGGAGCUCACCGCCUGCCCGAAGCUUCAUGGACCAGGCGAAGUCUGCGCUGCUCUUGCUGCUCAACAGCUUACCUGCAUCUUGUUUCUUCAACAUCAUCGGUUUCGGUUCACGGCGACUGCGUCUCUUCAAGCAGAGUACAAAGUACACUAAUGAGACAUUGAACGCGGCCAGAAAGCAUGUCUCAACGCUGACCAACAACCUUGGCGGCACAGAUCUGCUGCGGCCGUUGACGGAAGUGCUAGAGGCAAGGCCGAUACUCGGAGAACGUGCCCUGCGUUGUGUGUUUGUGCUCACGGACGGGGCUGUCUGCUCGGCCGAUGUGGCGGACAUGCUCCAGCUAGCCAGGUGCCACGCAAAGCACACUCGUAUAUUCUCGCUGGGAAUCGGCGCGAUGGCAGGACGAAAGCUGGUGCGUGGUCUGGCAAGAGCCGGCAACGGCACCAGUGCGUUCGUGACAUCCUCCGGUCAGGACAUGGCAGAGGUGGUGGUGCAGCAGUUGAAGGAAGCGCUGCGGCCGCCGUUGAUGGCACCGUUGGUCGACUGGGGACCGCUACGCGUCAUGCAUCAGUACCCUCAACGGGAGAACCUCCUCCCCGUGUUCCCAGGCCGGCCAUAUACCGUACUUACACUGUUGCAUGCAAACAGCCCAGUGCGUGGCAACGUCAAGCUGAAAGGUGUUGUGCACAAUGUAGACAUGGAAGAAACCCUGGCGAUCCGGCCCACCCAGACAGAUCUCCGGCAGCGCUGGAAGCUUCUGCAUCAGUUCAUCUGCUCGCAACGACUCGGCCAAAUGCAGCUAGAGGCCAAUGAUCGGUUUGCCACAGCACCGCGACUGGAGAGGAACCGGCUGUUGCAAAAAGACAACGAGGAGCUUGCCGCAUUUUCGAUUCAAUACCAAAUUCACUGUCAGGCUACAUCGGAGAAGCUUGUCAGCAUGCUGAGUGCAGCAGAUACUUCAACUACACCCAACAUUGCUGAUGAUCUCUUCAUGGACUGUGUCCGCCUUUCUCCCAAAGAAGACAUUGUCAGUGAGGAGAAGCAUGAUCUGAAAACAACCACGGGCACCACAGCAGCAGCAACAGCGGGAGCAAGUAAGCAGACAUCCAGCUCCGGCCAAUCAGUCAGAAGCAAUCCUAGCAGCAGCAGCAGCAGCAGCAGCAGUGCAUCGCAAGCUUCGGUGGCCAGUUCUCGCAGGGAUCCUCUGCAGGUCGUGCUCAACUUACAGCAAGCCAGCGGUCUAUGGAACAGUGGUGUGGAUGACGUGGCUGACCUUCUGGCUGUUACCCGCUCCCUGCUGCACAAGGACAGCAAGCUGGUACAGGACACGCAGCGGUGCAUUUCCACACGCUCUGGGCCAGGCUGGUCAGCCAACGACGAUGUCUGGACAAGUCUAGUUGUCAUGUCCUACUUGAAAACCUACUGCAGCGCGCAGAGAGACUCGCUCAACAUCAUACUGGAUAAAUGCAAGCUGGCAAUCGCUGCCGUCCUUCAGCAGACACCGUCCAGUGCAGCGGCCGACACUACGGUACCUGCUGCUGGACAUGAUGAGCACCCGAAACAGCUCAGUAGCAUGCUGGAUAUAGUGACCGAGCUACUGAAAUCCGCUGUCCACGAACAGCUGGAGCAAGUGAAACGAGAUCGAGCUGCAGAGAUCUCGUAACGAUAGUAGGCACGCACACUCCCAUCAUGAACUUUGGACUGCUUCCAUGUGCAGUGCAUGCAUUCAGCUUUCUGCCCACUACAAGUACGUGUACAAGGUCAAGCCAGUAAAAAGGACGAUCUACGGACGGAUCUGCACCAAAUAGAAACUGCCUUACUCAUCACAGUUGAACACGCAAUAAUACUCUUCAUAUCAUAAUGGCACAUACUAGUAUGGUAUGGUCGUGUGGUGCAAACCUCUAA